AUGAUUUUAAAUUGCUUGCAGAAUGUAGACAGAGAAAAGGUUUACAUAGCUACACAAGGUCCUAAGCCUGCAACAGUUCCAGAUUUCUGGAGAAUGAUUUGGCAGGAAAACACAACAAAGAUUGUUAACGUCACUAAUCUGAAGGAGGGUCCUAAAAUCAAAUGUGACAAGUAUUGGCCAGACAAAGGUCAUUCUUUCAAAAAAGGAGAAAUAAAAAUCCAAAAUCUUGAAGAAACAAUAUACGCAAAUUACAUUAUUAGAAAACUUAAAUUAACUUCAAAAUCGAACAGCGAAAUAAGAGUAGUGUACAUGUUCCAUUACACUGAGUGGCCUGAUCAUGACGUUCCGGAAGCUCUGAACUUGGUGCUCUUUCAUCGUCACGUGAUGCGGACAUCACAUUCGCAGACUAAGGCUCCGAUCAUAGUUCACUGCAGUGCCGGAAUAGGGAGAACGGGGACAUAUAUUGCACUUGAUGCCCUGUAUCGUCACGGUAUGAAGUCUGGCAAGAUCAAUAUCCCAGAAUACGUUAAAAGUAUGAGAAAAGACAGAAUGAAUAUGAUUCAAAGUCAUGAGCAAUACAAAAUGGUGUAUGAGGCUUUGCACGAAGCUUUCCGGGCAAAUCACAACUUAGUUCUUAGGGAUAGAUUUGUGGAUAAAUAUGGCGAUAUCAAGAGCGACGCAGCAGAAUCUACAAAUCAACUAUUGACAGAAUUUAAGAUAUUGAAGGACAUUAUGCCAGUGUACAAGGACACUGAUUUCAGGACAGGUAAAGAGAAUUUGGACAAGAAUUUCACACAAGAUGUUUUGCCAGUGGACAAAUAUCUUUGUCACCUUACCUACGUCAAAGGACAAAGUAAUUACUACAACGCUGUUUUACUACAGUCAUACACCAAACCAGAUGGCCUAAUAAGCGCCCAGUUUCCCCCUGAUUGUUAUGCCGAGUCUCUCUUCAGACUACUUAAAGAUUUUGAGGCACAAAUUCUAGUGGCACUAUCUCCACUCACUGAUAUGGAAUCUGUUUAUACAAACUCAUUCUUGCCACAAGCACAAUCGUCAACUACCGUCGGACCUUUCACAUUAACGCAUAAGUCUUCUUCGAAGUCAAAUGAUAUUUCAAAAUGCAAUUUGGUGGUUAAGAAAAAGGGUUCUAAAGAAAUGCAUAUAUUAGAGGUUUUCGAAUGUUUAGCUUGGCAAGCUACAGACUGGAUGUCAGAUCCUAGAAAUAUGGUGGAUUUAGUGAAGGAAGUCAAAAUGUCGCAGUAUGCUCGACCCAAUACGUCCAUUGUUGUUCUAUCAAGUGAUGGAGCAACGAGAACUGGGGUAUUUUGCACCGUAUUCAAUGCUUUAGAGGAGCUAACAAAUGAUAAUGAUGUCGAUAUCUUCACCAUAGCUCGCCAGCUUCAGAUUCGCCGACCGGAGUUUCUCCCUGACUUUAUGGAAUAUAGAUUUUGUUACGAAGUAGUAUACGAGUACCUCAAAAACGACAUGGUUUACGCAAACUGCUAAUGGAUUACAUUCUAUUUUUUAUUAUAUUGUCUUUCAAUUAUCUUGUAUGUAUGGCUUAUAGCGAACGUACAAUGUGCUUAUAUGGAAAAAUAUAUAGAGACUGUCGAUAUUUGAACUUUAACUUGAGAAAUGGUCAUCUGUCUAAAUAUACUUUGAUGAAAAAAAAUUAACAACAUUGAAAAACAACAUUGUCGCAUAUAACUCCAUGGAUUUAACAACUACCAACUCUAUGAAUUUUUAUUAAAUACACAUUGUGCAUGUGAUUACGGAUGCACGCUAUUGCAGUGCGUCACCGCAUUUUCAUUUUGUGCGCCAUUGCUUUUACUAAAGACUGUGUAUUCUUUGCAAGAAAAUAAAUCCCAUCAUCUUUCAUUCAUGGAACUAGUCCACACAUGCUUCUGUGAACUAUCUGUGAUCUAAUCUGUCUUUAAUACUUCAGUUUGUUUAAAAUUUCAGUCGUUUGAAUUCCAAUUUAUAUGUUGCUUCUUGCCAUCACUUAUCUCAGGAGGAUGACUUCUUGCUUAAUCACUUUACAUGUCAUUUAAAUAAAUGAAACAAUUCAAGAAAA